UAGUUGUGUAGCUAGAACAUCUUAAUAUUUAUUCACAAAGUUGGAACAUUCUUUAAACAUAGUACCUACUACCUACCGAUAAACAUUGACAAAACCAAAACACAUCAUAAACCCUUUCCACUAAAAGAGAUAGACAUUUCUUCUUUUUUUCUCUUUUUCAAGCAAAGUUUUAGGGAUUUAAGUUUGAAAAUUAGACCGGAGGAAGAUCUAGAACGAAACUAUAACAUGUACAAUUUUCUCAAAAAUCUACAGUGAAACUUUUUUCUGUUAAGGGCAAACUCCAAAAAUAGAAGAAAUCUUAGUUUUGACCGUGGUCAAUUUCCAGAUAAAGAGCAUAAUUGUCAAUAGGUGCAAUGCUUUUAUCGAUAUUUGUAUUUAAUAAUUCUAGUAGACCUGUGAUCUUACCGUCCCCUAUAUGUCCUAAGCCAACUGUACUGGCUUUCUUUAACACCUAUUUAUUUUUUUAUGAUUGUAUUUUACAAUUGUGGGCCUAUGUAUUCUAACAACAUCAGCGAAAGGUGUUUCCAAAACCGACAGACUUAGGUAAACGCAUUAAUACAUUUUAUAGGAUGUCGAUGAAGGUAAGUUUACAACAAGCAAGUUGAGAAUUUGAAUUUGCCUCCUAAAAACGCGCAACAGUUUACCGCCACUCUGCAGUGUACCACAACCUGUUGCAAUCACUCGUUAUCACACAUACACUAUCACAAAUCUGUCUAGAAAAAUUUCUUUUGUUGUGCAGUUUGCAUUAAAAUCACAAUUAAUAUUAAAUUCCAGUUUUGUUUCGACUUUUUGAGAAUAACUGAGAUUGCUAUUUGUUCACUGAAUUUCCGUGAAUCGUUAAACUAGUUAAAUUAGAUUUAGCGCCAUAGUAACAAUUUGUUUUCAGCAUUGUUGCUACGGUCCGAUUCGUGAGAAUCUUUAGAUUUUAAUCAUAAUAUCUUUGUCGACUGCUGUGACCUAACCUAACGUAUUGGGUCGUGUUUCGUUAUUUGGUUUCGAUUUGCGUUACAAUUGAAUUUUGCCUUGCCUGUUGAUCAUUUAUUAUAAGUUUUUAGUAGCAGCCCUGGACAGCAGUUUACGGUUCUACGUUGUUUUGGAAACUGUAUAAUAUGUUGAAAAUUAAACAAGAAAAUGAUGACACAGAAGAACACUCCCAUGAAGGAUCGUUUGAAGUCAUUGAAACUAAACCGUUAGAUGUGCAGUUUAAAACCAAUGAAAUUUCUAUAACAGAGGAGUAUUUGGUAAAGAAUGAAGACGACAAUACUUAUAAAGUUUUGAAGCGGUUGAAAAUUAAACAUGAAAACGUUGAAACAGAAGUCAUUGAACCUCAACCGUUAGAUGUGCAGUUCAUAAGCAAUGAAGUUUUUACAGCAGAGGAGUAUUUGGUAAAGAAUGAAGGCGACAAUACUAAUGAUAUUCAUUUUCCGUGUAAAGCGACAGAUACCACAAAUAAUAUAAUAAAAACCAAUUCUGAGGAAAAUAUACACAAAAUACGUCGGUUCGACUGCAAUAUAUGUCAUAGGAGGUAUUCAACCAAAAGUCAUAUAAUCCGGCAUAUUGCGAAGUCCCAUUCCACUACUUCAAUGGAAAAGAAAGUGCCUCAAAAAAAUGAAGUCAACCAUCGAAACAGCAGAAUCAAAGGGUAUACUCGAAACAAAGUAGACCUACUUAAUUGUGGUAUUUGUCUAAAAACAUUUUCAUCAAAAUCAAGCCUGAGAACACAUUGGCGUAUUCAUACGGACGAAAAGCCCUUCAAAUGCGAUGUCUGUGCAAAAACAUUUAGUCAAAAAACUAAUCUCGAGACACAUGCACGUAUACAUACCGGCGAGAAACCGUUUAAGUGCAAUGUGUGUGCGAAAACAUUCAGUCAAAGAGUUUACCUCAACAACCAUAAAAGGAUUCAUACCGGAGAGAAACCAUUUAGGUGCAAUUUCUGUGAAAAAACAUUUGGUGAACAGUCUACCCUCAAAAUUCAUGAAAGGAUGCAUACUGGAGAGAAACCAUUUAAUUGCAAUGUGUGUGCAAAAACAUUCCGUCAAAGGGCUCACCUAAACAACCAUAAAAGGAUACAUACUGGCGAGAAACCUUUCAAAUGUGAUGUCUGUGAAAAAGCAUUUGCUGAUCGGUCUACCCAUAAAUCUCAUAAAAGGAUACAUACUGGAGAGAAACUU